ACAUACAUAUAUACAUACAUACAUACAUACAUGCACACACACUAUGCAUCUGUUCCCCCCUCAUGCUCGCAACAUUCCUAACGUCCCAUCUUCUGCUUGCAACCGCAAUAAGCUUAAAGGCGUUAAAAAAGCCGUAGCAGCAGACGCCUGCAGCGGCAAGCAGCGGCACCAGGAAAAAGUACAAUCCGUCGUGUGCAACCACACGGAACAGCUUCCUCCAACGCGAGUCCCGAUGCAGGUUGAACCGCCUUGCCGCCCGGUGCCACGACGCCGGCAGGCCCCCGACCCGGCCUCAACUCGCCUCUACUCGCCACGACAAGAGGAGGAGGGCGUGGCCCGUGAAGCGCAGAUGCAAACUGCCACACCACAGCGGCAGCAGCUACAGCCGUCGCAGCAGCAAAACGAUAAGACUUGA